UUGUUGGGCUUGGUCAUUUAUCGUCUCGUCUUCCACCCACUUGCGCGGUACCCUGGACCGUUGCUCGGCCGAAUCACGAAUCUCUAUGCUGCCUACCACGCAUGGAAAGGUGACAUUCAUGAGGAUAUCUGGCGCUGCCAUCAGCAAUAUGGCAACCACAUCCGAUAUGCUCCGGAUCGGCUGGCUUUUGACACUGCUAAAGCCGUCUCAGACAUCUAUGGCUAUGGUUGGAAGGUUCGCAAGUCGCAAGUAUACGAUACGCUGGUCCAUCGCACGGCCAACACCCUUACCAUGCGCGACAAGAAGCAGCACGCAAAGCGACGACGCAUCAUGAGCCACGGUUUCUCGGACGCAGCCAUUCGUUCGUUUGAGCCCCGCGUGCAGGAACUGAUUCAAACUCUCUGUGAUCUUCUGAUUGUCAAGGAUGCCAGCUCGGAGAGCGAGUGGAGCGCGCCGCAGGAUAUGGCCAAGUGGUUUGACUACUUGACCUUCGACAUCAUGUCUUCACUCGUCUUCAGUGCAUCAUACGACACUCUCCGUCAAGAGAAUUAUCGGUCGGUGAUUCGCGCCAUUGAAGAUUCCAACGUGCGGGUCAGUGUUCUCCUGCAAGCGCCGAUCAUCACCCUCUUCCGGAGUGACAAGAAGCUCUUCGGCCAGUCCAUCCUCGGUCGUAACCGCUUUAUCCGGUUCAUUAAGAGCACGGUCAAAGAACGAGUGCUAAAAAGCAAGUUCCUCACCGACCGGGAUAUCUUUUCGUACUUCCAGACAAGUAAGGAUGCUGUUACUGGCGAAUCUAUGGACAUGAAUGAACUCAGCGGGGAGGCUGCCACCUUGAUCGUUGCUGGCUCCGAUACCACCGCCACUACUCUCGCCGCAACGAUGUUCUACCUUGGUCAAAACACCGAAGUCUACCAUCGAGUGGCUCAGGAAGUCCGUCAAUGCUUCAACUCGGAAGAGGAAAUCCGGGGAGGAAGCCAAUUAAACUCUUGUCGGCUGCUGCGGGCGUGCAUCGACGAGGCCCUCCGCAUGUCUCCACCAGCCGGGAGUGCUCUUUGGCGCGAGGUCGAGGCUGGUGGCACCACGGUCGAUGGCUGUUUCGUGCCCGGAGGCUAUGAUGUGGGCGUGGGGAUCUACGCUGCCCACCACAACCCAACCAUCUACCCGCAGCCCUUCCAAUUUGACCCCGAUCGCUGGUUGGUAGAUGAUACUGGCGACGUGCGCAGUGCAUUCAUGCCGUUUUCUCUGGGAACCAGGAGCUGUAUCGGUAAAGGCUUGGCCCAGAUGGAAGCCCUCUUAACGCUGGCCAACAUCAUCUGGCGGUAUGACUUCCGCGCUGUCCCCAGUGGGGAGAUCCAGCAGGAGUAUAAGCUCAAGGAUCAUGUCACUGGUGCGAAGACUGGGCCGGUGUUGCAGUACCGUCGGGUUGUUCGAGAAAAGACGGUGGUAGGUUGA